AAGACGUUGAAGUCUCCCUAGUUCAGUGUGCUGGAUGCUGCAAGUCGAUCUAUGAGGACCAUUGUUUGCAAGCUCUCGACGGAUCCUGGCAUGCAAAAUGUUUCAAGUGUUCUGUUUGUAUGAAGACAUUGACGAGUUGGUAUUUUGAGAAGCUCGGCCUCCUGUACUGUAAGGAUGACUACUGGUCCAAGUUUGCAGAGUCAUGCAAUAACUGUUCUCAUCUCAUAACAGGCCCUGUCAUGGUGGCAGGAGAGCACAAGUACCAUCCAGAGUGUUUCAAAUGUGCCAAAUGUUCCGUGUUUAUUGGUGACGGGGAGACCUAUGCAUUGGUCGAGCGUUCUCGACUCUACUGUGGUGCUUGCUAUAAUAAGGAAGUAAAACCGCUAGAUGUUGAAACACCGACUAAAAGACGUCCACAUUCCAUCCAAUUGGUUGAGAUCCCUCCAACUCCCGAGGGCCAGCCUUGUAUUACAUUAUCUGGGGAGAGAACAGAGCUUCCACUUCGACCCAGAGAUGGCAGGCCAAAGUUUCUCCAAGUCUCAGACAAUGAUAAUGUACCAGAUGAUUCCAUUCUCCACAUUGGAGACAAAAUAUUAGAAGUCAACGGCACUCCUAUCAGGGAUUACAGCGUGACUGAGCUCAAUGACAUGAUGAAGGGGCCUGAGUCAAUUUGGUUGACUGUUGAGCGCGAGGCGACGCCUUUUAAGAGUCAGCGCUCACAAUCACUGUUCCCGAGCCAGGUUACUGAAGAGUUUGCUAAAACCCACCGUCGAAGGUCUACGAGGGAUGAUGCCCUGCCCGUUCGUUUAAAUGAUACAUGUAGAGGGGGCAUGAGGAAGAGUCCCGGCCGAAGUCAUUCCCCAAGCCCACUGCCAAAACAAAAGAGAUUUUCUGAAUUAAGUCGAACACAUUCCUUCCACAAUUCCUCAACGAAUCAUCGCGUCUUCCGAAUGGGUGAUUUAGUGAAUGGCGAAGUAUUAGGCAGAGGAUUCUUUGGGCAAGCUAUUAAGGUUACCCACAAAGUUAGUGGAGAAGUUAUGGUGCUAAAAGAACUGUACAGAUUCGAUGAAGAUGCUCACAAUAGUUUCAUGAAAGAGGUUUCUGUGCUCAGAAGUUUGGAUCACCCAAAGGUCUUGAAGUUUAUUGGGGUUCUCUACAAGGACAAGCGGCUGAAUAUUGUCACUGAGUACAUAUCGGGCGGAACGUUAAAGGAUAUGCUUCAGAAUCCCAAUAAGACACUGACGUGGCCUGAGAGGAUAGGCUUUGCUAGGGACAUCGCUGAGGGAAUGAGCUACCUCCAUUCCAUGAAUAUAAUCCACCGAGACUUAAAUUCACAGAACUGCCUCCUAAGAGAUGAUAUGACAGCCGUUGUGGCAGACUUUGGGUGCUCGAGACUCAUUGUAGAGAAGCGAUUAUCGGCGAUGAAAUCUCCAGAGAACGAUGUGUUAUUCCUCGGUAAAAGUAAGAAGCCCACCCGAAGAAAGCGUUACACCGUUGUAGGGAAUCCAUUUUGGAUGGCUCCCGAGAUGAUGCGCGGACAAAGUUAUGAUGAAAAGGUCGAUGUCUUCUCAUUUGGUAUCGUCUGCUGUGAGAUCAUCGGACGUACCCAAGCCGAUCCUGACUACCUCCCCAGAACGAUAGACUUCGGGCUGAACGCGGAAGUCUUCCAGCAAAAGUUCUGUGACGGCUGCCCACCUCCUUUCUUCAAAAUAGCUGUGAUGUGCUGUAGAAUAGACCCAGAAAUAAGGCCUGAUUGCAGUGAAGCAAAUAUCUGGUUGAACAGUCUCCUGGAGAACUUGGAGAGCAGUGCGCCUCUAGCUGAGGAAAUCACGGGAGAUCCCAUAGACAGCAUAGCGAGGAGUGAACGUCUCUCAACCUCCCUAAGAAUGAAGAAGAUAAAUAAAAAUGCAGAUUCAUCGUCGCAGAUGGUGCCUCGAACUCCUCUCAAUGCAAUUGCUUCAAAUAAUGAUCAAAAUGAUUAGACUUUCUUCUUUGAUUUUAUCAAGUGACUAAGAACUUGUUGCCCUAGCUCCCUAGCUCAUAUUUGGCAGGAACUUGCCCCUAGGUGGCUGAGAUUCAGAUCUGGGAAAGCCCGGACCAUCUCUGGCUUGGAUUGGUUUAGCUCUGGCUCAAACCUGGCAAGUUGAAUAAGUAGGGAUUAGAUCUGGCAUGGACUGGCUUAGAUCCCCCAAGGACUUGACCAGUGGCCAAUCUCUGGCAUGGGGGUAUUGGGUCUUGGAUAAGUCAGGAUGCCGAUCCUGGGCCACAACUGGCAGGAACUCUUGUACACCUUUAAAUGUUUCUUCAGUGAUUUCUUUUUCUGGUAUUCACAACUUUUGUUGCUAUAGACAUUCCUUAAUUUGUCACUUGGACCAAAAUUAUAUUCUCAUAGAGUUCAUAUAUUUGAGCAGGCAGUAUUUGGAAAGAAAAUAAAAGCUGAACAAGAGUGCCUUUCCCAGCAUUUAUAUCGCUCAAGAGCAGUCUCUGCAUAUGGAACAAUGAAGUCUUGGGACCCAGCUAUGACCUUAAAAUGCCAUUUGCCGUUGGUAUGUAUAUGAAUUUCUUCUUUGUUGAAAGCAGUAUUAGUUUAGAUUUAUUAUAGGGACCAAUUCAGGUAACACUUUCCAAGCUUCGGCCAUAGGUAUGAUUUGUUAUAAGAUAUUGUCUUCUUCUCUUGGUUCCAUUGAGGUAUUUUGUAGAUUUUGAUUUACUUGGCUUAAAGACACUUAAAGACACUUGGGUACUUAAUCAAUGUUUGGUGACAUAGAUAGUUACUGUGGCAAUGUCACUGUGGAAUAACUACCCAAAGAAGGGUUAUGUCCAUAGAGAUUUUUAAAAACCCUUGUGGCAACCAUGUGCCUGCAUUGAGAAGCUUCAAUCCAUCCCUUUUCAGCAGGGAAUUGGACUUCAGGGUAUUUGCGGGUGCUAUGUUGAAUGAAAUUUCGAGUUGGUCAGUUUUGUUUCAUGAUCGGGGCUCACAAUGCUUUUUGUGGAUGCUGUGACGUGUUCUUGAUAAAGAUUAAUGCAGCAGUGAGUUAGUUUAGCAAUUCCAUGGGCUUUUGCAGGGCCUUUUGACUGGCUACAUGGACCCGCUACUUUAACCAUGAUUAGCACUCCUUGUUGGCCAAAACGCUUUAUCGCCACACCACAUUCGAUGGGUAAGGUUUGUGAAUUUCCUAUAUUAUGUACAGAGGUACAUCUAUUCAUCUAUACAUCUAUACAUUUAUACAUCUAUAAACAUGUUAAGUAUCUGACUAUUUCCUGUUUAAUAAUUUUAAUGUCUAUACCUUUUUGAACUCAAUGAUGAUGCAAAUUUUCCAGGGAGUGGUAAAAGCAUAUUAUUAAUUACCAUAAAUAAUAUGACAAUUCGUACAAUAUGUUUAGUUUAAAAAACACUGAUCUACUUUCUAAAUUGUUCUAGGCCUAAAAAGGCUUUCCAUCUGUAAUGGUUUAUCCAAAUUUAACAACAUUUUUACCGGGACACCCUGAAGGUGAAUUGUUUUGAGUUUCUUUCUAUUUUGGGUUUUGAUGAGAAUAAAUUCCAAAUCUUUUGCUUAUGUGUGUUAGAAAACAUUAUACUUUGUCUUUAGUUGUAUAGUGUACAGCAGCGUACAAUGCAUUCUGAAGAUUGUGUAUUGUUGCACCCGUGUUGAACUGUGUUAUAGAUCUAUGUACUUAUAGUUUCGAAUGUGUUCAUUAAUUUCAACAAAUUUAUGAUAUUUCUGUCAACGGCCUCACUCAGUCGGAAAACAACAUGUAUGCUUCUGGAAAUUUUCACAUAUCCCAAAAUAUGUUAUAAUAAUGGUUGUUUGAUAAGGAAUAGGCGCAGAUAUUUUAUAGUUUACUGCAUUAGAUGAGGUGUUAAAAAGAGACUGUUGAGAUAACACCAUGCCACCACUUCAGAAUAGUUACGGAGUCCCCAUGUAGGGGACACUUUUCGCAUCUCAAAUUCUCCUCUAUAUGGUAAUGCAGUAAAGUUUGUCAGUGCCAGUAAUAUCAAGGAUGUCCAUACCCGGCUGUAAAAUGUGUAAUUCAGUCUCAUAGUUCAAGUCGGAGUCAGAAAGUUGCUAGAGCUUGCUAUUGUCCAUACUGAGGCAGGGAUUGACAAUGAAACAGACACCAUCACUCAUAAGGAGAAAACCGAUUGAUUAAGAUUGUCAGCUGACUUAUGAUGUGUUUUUUUCUGUAAAAAUUAGCCAGUUUAGUUCAACGAUCUCAGCAAUCUCAGAUUAUCACUCACUCUGGUAUAAGAUAAUCUCGGCAAUCUCAGAUUACCACUCACUCUGGUAUAAGAUAAAAGAAAAUGUCGUUAGUUUGACCAGUGGUUCUGCAGGAGUAGCAUACAUAAAUAAUUAUUGUACCCUUGAUGUUCUUGAGAUACAGUUUUGUAAUUUAUCAGUAAUCAACAGUAGUAAUGAUGUGGACAUUCUUUAGGUUUUUCUCUUUUUAAAAAACAAUUUAAAUGUACUUUUAGAGGUGCUUGAAAAAACCAGUACAUAUGUUAUUAAAGAAACAUGUAAUGUACAUGGUUGGGAUAAUGCAAUAUAGCCGUUUUUACACAUUGUGCAUAAAACUGUGUGUGUGUUUCCUAUACUUGAGUCUUGCUUCAACUGGCAUUUUUAAGCGUUGAAUUUUUGGGAGAAUUCUAUUUUAGCAAUGGAUGGGGCAUACAGGAUGCAGUUUGCAUCGAGUUGUUAUUUGGUAUUGUUGAUCAUGACUGAUUGUACCCGGGUCUUGUUCUGAUUAAGGCUGAAUAUGUGUCCAAGAAAUUUUUCAGCGGAAGUCGGGACCUAUAUCAAACCAUGGUAGAAAUUACAAAAUGCAUUGAUAUCCAUAAUUGCCUAAGAGUGAACACCGAGGUAGAAAAUGUGUUCCAAAAAAAUAUACUAGAUAUAAAAUAGAUAUAUGCCACGUAACAUCCGUUAAUUUGUUACAUAGUGGGUUUCUUUUUGUAUCCCAAACAUGCGGCCAGCCCUUUCCUCCCAACUCGUUGAUUUGUACUUUUCUGCUAUGGUGAUAUUUGGGGGGUUCUUAAAAAUCUAAAUAAUUACGUCUGUCUGUGUCGAAUUCAAUUUAUUUUUAAUAGCACUGAAUGAUAAGUCUGCAGCAUUCAUGCAUAACAAUAACACUCCUUCAAUUCAGAGCAAGACCUAUGUAUAUGCAUAUAAAUAUUGUAUAGUUUUCACACAUGUUACAUGACUUGUAUAUACUAGGUGUAAAAAAUAUGAUGAUGCUUUUCAUUGGGAAGUACGUUCAGUGUCUAUGAACAGAAUGACAAAAAAGUUACCACAAUUCAUAGCAUAUGCCAGCUGGGACCAGAUUUUUGAUUGAAUGAGACCAUUGCAACAGCUUGAACUCGACUAGGCCAUUGCAGUAGUACUCCAGCUGUUACUGAAGGAGGGCAUUGCAGCAGCUUGGACAAGACCAGGAGAUUUUCAGAUGAAAAGCUUAUUGUCUCAUUUGACAUUUGUGACCCGCUCUACCAAAACUAGGCGCUUGUCGCAUCUGAACUUGACAGGUUGAUACGGACUUAUUGUUCAUUUCCCUAUUGUAGACCUUUUGUGAAAUCUAUUCCUUUAAUUUCUGAUCUACAUCCUUAGAGCUAAAUGUGACCCGCUCUACCAAAACUAGGCGCUUGUCGCAUCUGAAUCAUAUAGCGAUACACUUAUAAAAAUGAGGAGUUUUGAACGGCCCGGUUAAAACCUAAGGUGGGAAUAAGCUUCAAUUGAUAAAUGUUAGCAGUUUCAGGUGCCCCUCCCCCUUAUGUAGCCAAUGAGCUGCAGAAGAAGUAAUUACCAAUUUGGUUAUUUUACCAUGUUUAGCUAGUCUAAAUAAUGACUUGUGCCACGACUGGAUCUCUUUAAGGUAAUGAUUGCAUCUGUUCUGAAAAUAAGUGAAAAGUGUAAAUAAAUGAAACUUCAUUCG